AUUAGAAUGGCUCUUGUGGUGGUGAAUCUUUUACAUCUUCUUCUGUUCUCAGUAGCUCUUGUUCGUUCGGAUCGAAGUACAAUGCCUCUCAGAUCUUUCAAGAUAAGUGGAAAUGUAACAUACGAUUGCAUAGAUAUUGAUAAGCAACCAGGACUUGAUCAUCCCUUGCUAAAAAAUCACAAAAUCCAGAUGAAACCAUCAGUUUCAAUACAUGAAAUAAAGAAUCAAACUCAGAUCAACAAAACAUAUAAGGAGAAAAUCAAAUGUCCAUAUGGAACUGUUCCUAUAGUGAGACGUACAAACGAAUUCAUCACCAACGCUCAACUCUUAGCCGAUAAGUAUUUCCAUCCGCUAUCACCGGAUAGCUCUGGAACACAUAUUGCUGGAAUAAAGCAACACGGUGGUCCAUAUCAUGGUAUAUCAGCUAGGUUUAAUGCAUAUAAACUAGACAUAGGAGAAGACCAAGCCUCGUAUAGUCAAAUGUAUAUAGGCAAUGGAUAUUAUGGUGAAUUUAAUUUCAUCUCAGCUGGGUUGAUGACAAAUCCAAGCAUUUUUGGUGAUAGUCGUCUUUGGUCAUAUGGAUACUGGAAGGGUAAAUAUGCAAAAGGAUGUUACAAUACGGUAUGUCCAGGAUUUGUUCAAGUAUCUAAUGUGGUUCCCAUAGUCAAACCCUUUGACCUUAAACCAGGGGAACAAGCAGCAUUGGAGUGGUCCAUCGCAAGGGAUAAACAAACAGGAAAUUGGUGGAUUAUUCAGACUGGAAAACCUAAUGCAUAUAUUGGUUAUUGGCCAAAAGAGCUAUUUCACCUUAUGUAUGAUGGUGCAAGUAUGGUUGGAGUUGGAGGUGUAUCUCAGGCUUUAAAAUCUGGUUUCAGCCCUCCAAUGGGUAACGGCAAGUUCCCGAAAAGAGGUAUUCUGACAUCAGCAUUGUUUUCAAAUGUUGAUGUCUUGAAUUCUAUGUAUGAGAAGCGUAGAAUCAAUGUUGAUGUACCUGUAGAAAAGUUGCUAGAUAGUGUCAAUUGUUAUGGGAUAAGAAUUGGUAACAGAGUUAAAUUUUGGACUACUCCACUCGGAUACUUUUUCAAUUAUGGAGGUCCGGGAGGAACCUCUUGUGGAGUUUGA